AAACUGAAUCGCGAUCGCAACAGGACAGGACAACGUUUGAUCUCAACAGGCUGUCCGUCUCGAUUUGCGCUAUUAGACGAACAUAUAACCGAUUUCUGUUUCCGGAUCCCAAAAGAAAUCAGACACAUAAAACCCAUCUCGUCCACCGCGCUCUUAUCUCCCUCGAAAACCCUGACUCCGCCCACACAAACACACCUCACGCGCCGCUGAACCAAGAAAAUGGAGGGUCUGUGGCGGGCGGCGACGGGCCAAGACCCGAGCCCGGAAGACUACACCGGAAUCGAGUUCUGGUCCAAUCCUGAGCGCGCCACGUGGCUGACCAAGCAAGGCGAGUACAUCAAGACGUGGAGGCGCCGCUGGUUCGUCUUGAAACAGGGGAAGCUGUUCUGGUUCAAAGACAGUCACGUGACCCGCUCGUCGACGCCGCGCGGUGUGAUCCCGGUCGGCACGUGCCUGACUGUGAAGGGCGCCGAGGACGUGGUCCACAAGCCCUGCGCCUUCGAGCUGUCGACUACCAACCACGACACGAUGUACUUCAUCGCCGAUUCGGAGAAGGAGAAGGAGGAGUGGAUUAACUCGAUCGGACGGUCCAUAGUUCAGCACUCCAGAUCGCUCGCGGAUUCCGAGGUCGUCGAUUACGAUAGCAGCCGACAGUGAUCACAACCUCUCGAUUUUCAUGGUACAGUAAACUGUAAUUUGUGCUUUUUUUUUCCUUAAAUUUGAUGUAAUAGUUGUUUUGUUUGAUAAAAAUCGGAGCUUUUCUUGUUUUCUUGCUGUCGAAUUUGAACAAUUUUAGGCUGAAUUUUGUUUCUCUGUUGCUUUUGUCGUAAGGUAGAUGAUAUUUUGUGUGAUUGAAAUGUUAAUUCGUAUGAUUUUUGUGAGAAGGUUUAAACU